AUGAAAUUUCUUAGAUUAUAUUCAAAUAGAUUAAAUAAUUGUAAAUUCCCACUUAGAUCAAAUGAAUAUGUCCCAAUUCUUUGUUAUAACAAAGUUUGGGUUCAUACUUUUAUACCAAAGUUUGGAAAUAUAGAGAAAUUCUCCAGUUUUUACUUAAAAAGUAGAGAGCAAAAUCUAAGUAAUAAAGAAUAUAAAGAUAAAAUAACAGAAUACAACAACAAUACAGAUAAAUUAAAUAAAUAUGAAAAGUUACUUAAUACAGAAUAUAAAAGUACCGGAUUCUUAAAACAUCAUGAAAAUCUUAAUAUCAUAAUAUUACCUUUAAGAUUUAUAUACUUUACUGAUAUUUUAAAUUUUACAUCUUCAAUAUUUACAAAUUUAAGGGAAUAUAUCACUUUAUUAGCAAGAAUGAGUUUUCAAGCAAUUCGUCCUUUAUUGGCCUUUUCAGUAUUAGGAGAAGCAGUUAAGAUUGCUUUAGCAUUAAUAACGGGAAGUUCAAUAGCCUUUAUAUUUUCAUUUAUACUUGCAUUUGAAGUGUUUUAUUUCUUCUUACAAUGUUUUAUCUCAUUUGUAUUUCUUUCAAUGUUUUUUAAGGCUAUAGUAUGA